UAUUCUUACUGUUAAUAUCUUUAAAUGAAUCUAAAAGUAUGUUGCUCAGAGGUAAAAGAGCACAGGAUGGUCAAUUUCCAUGGUUGUUACAAUUUCAAACAAUAGCACCAUGCGGUGGAGUACUCCUAUCCUCGGACUGGGUUUUAACCGCGGCGCAAUGUGUACAAGACAAAAGAAACGUACGCUAUUCUCUAUCUUUAACAUUAAGAAAAUCAUAUUAAAAUUCAUGUCUUGAUUUUAAUAUAGUCUAUUAUGUUGUUUGCCACUGGGUUAAACGGAUCCAAAUCUAAACAGACGGUAUCCGUAAAAGCUACUUAUAUACAUCCUCGCUAUGAAGCUUACUCCGUUCUUCCCGAUCGAAGUCACAACAUAGCACUUUUAAAACUUAUCAAACCAUUCGAUAUGUAUAAUACUGAAGUAAUUUUACCAAACGUUACACCUGUCAGUUACGAUAACAAUUACAUAUCAUGCCUAAUAUUUGGUUGGCAAAGUUAUGUUCCACCAUCUUUAAAAGUUUUUGCUAAACCAAUUCAAUACAACGAAGUGUUUCUCAAUUCCUGGAAAUUAUGCACGUACAUGAUAAAGACAAAUGUAAAUUACACGAAUGUAUUUUGUACAAUGGUCGAGUUUGAGGAUGAAAUGAAAGCCUGUGCUGGUAAUCCUGGUUCUCCAGUUAUUUGUGAAAACCAAUAUCACGAAAUAGCUGUACUUGGAAUUGCAUCCUGGACAAAUUUUUCUUUAGAAUGUGGAAAUCUUCCGACAUAUCUUGAUCUUGGUGAAUUUAGGAUGUGGAUACAUAGCUUAAUAAAUGAUAAUGAGGAAACAAAAGAUUGGGAAGCUACUAAAAAAUCAAAUGAAGAAGAUAAUAAAUCUAGAAAAAACAUCAAUAUGUCUGAAAGCUCACAGAAUAGCACAGAUCUUCUACAAAUAAACUACUGGUCAGAGGAUACAAGAAUGUUGUUACAAAAUAUAUCUGCAGUAGCAAUGGUACAUCAAGAAACAUCUAGAGAAAACACAAACAAGUUCAAUUUUUUGAAUAGAUUGUAUCCACCUGUUUUAAACAAUUUUAAUGAGACAACUGGAUCCAAUCCUCAUGGAUAUCAAGACAUUCCUUAUUCAAAUAUGUUAAAGCAAUCAAGUAAUGAUAUUUAUAGGUACGAAGAGGUUGGUAAAACUAACAGUUUAGAUAAUCAGAAUUAUAUUAUAGAUAGUUUGAUCAAUAACAAACAACUUGACUAUCGAAAUAAAUCAUUAUUAUGCAAUAAUAAAAAUUUUGAUGGAACUACAGCCGAACCCAACAAAGACAUAACAGAACUAAAUGGUUUUGAACUUUUGUUACCCUUUAAUUUCGAAGAUAUAACAGCUCCUUAUUCUAGUGUUAUCACUAUAUACUCUACAAAUCUAUGCCUUUUGUUAUGUAUUUUGGUACUGUUUUGGUGCUAUUAUUGA